AUGAUCUCUCAGAGAAAAUAUGCCAUGGAUCUGAUCAGAGAUGCAGGGCUAUUGGGAUGCAAGCCCUCUCAUGUUCCUAUGGAUCCUCUAAAACAGCUCAAACAAGAUUCUGGUAACUUGAUGGAGGAUCCAUCUAAGUAUAGAAGAUUGAUUGGAAGAUUGCUAUACUUGUGUAUAACUAGGGCGGAUAUAACUUUUGCGGUUCACAAACUCAGUCAAUUUGUGUCAAAACCUUGUGAAAAACAUUGGGAGGCUGGUGAAAAGGUCCUAAGAUAUCUGAAGGACACACCUGGGCACAAUGCUGACUGGGCAGCAUGUCCAGACACUCGAAGAUCAAUGACUGGUUAUUGUUUAUUUCUUGGAACAUCAUUAAUCUCCCGGAGGGCAAAGAAACAACAUACCAUAUCAAGAUCAUCAGCAGAAGCUGAAUAUCGUGCUAUGGCACAAGCAUCUUGUGAGGUAGUGUGGGCCACUGCAUAG